AUGAAGGACGUCUUUUCGAGGGUUCUGCGCGUAUCUCCCACCAAAAAGGAGGAUAAUCGAUCGGUGGAAUCACAGGACUACGUAGCUGAUGCCAUCGGUACCUUUGGGCCGUGGCAGGCCGCGGUCUGCACGGCCACUGUGCUCACCAGGUUCAUAGUCAUGUGGAACAUGACGUCCAUAUUUUUUCUGACGCCCGAAACCGUCUUCAAGUGCGUGGAAUUCAAGAAGUCGCCAGUUGAGGAGGUUGCCAACUCGACCUGCUAUGACAGCUGCUUGAAAUACGCUUACAGCAAUCAGGGCCUGAACACAACCCUGAUCUCCGAUUAUGGCCUGAUUUGCGAAUGGCAAUGGCUGGCCAGCUUCGCACAGUCCAUUAUGAUGUUCGGUAUACUGAUAGGUACGAUGCUGUUCGGUUGGAUAUCGGAUAGCUGUUUCCGCUUCAUCACUGGAAUGGCUACUGGUGGCGCCCUAACUAUACCUGUUGUUUACGUUAUGGAAAUAAUUGACAAGGAUCACAGGGAGGCUGCAAGCUGUUAUCUCGUCCAGCCUGACGGACUGGCUCAAGCUUCUCUGGCAGUUUUCGCAUUGCUCUCUCCAACUUGGAAUAUUUAUAUCUUGGGGUACAGUGUAGCCGCAAUCAUCAUAUUAAUACUGGUUCUAUUCGUGCCCGAAUCACCGAGGUGGUUAAUAUCCCAUGGAAGGAUUGAUGAAGCCAUAGACGUAAUGACGAAAGCUGCUAAAUGG